AUGACUCUUACACCCAAGCGCAAGUGGUACCUAGCAUUUGUGAUAGCAGUUGUUUGCACCAAUGAAGGAGCAUCUCGAGUUCUAGAUAGAACCUCCACAGUCAGUGCUGGAGGAGUACGUUUAGUGGAUGGCCCAAACAACUGCUCUGGCAGGGUGGAGGUGUAUUAUGCAGGCCAGUGGGGUACAGUGUGUGAUGAUGACUGGGACCUUCUGGAUGCCAAGGUAGUGUGUAGAGCGCUGGACUGUGGGGUGGCGCUGGAGGCCCUGGACCAGGCUCACUUUGGCCAAGGCAGGGGGGAGAUCUGGCUAGAUGAUGUGGAAUGUUCUGGGAAUGAAGAGGCACUGCUUGGCUGCAGCUCAGAUGGACUGGGGUCACACAACUGUCGACAUUCUGAGGAUGCAGCAGCAAUAUGUGAGGGGCAGUCAGCUGACUUGACAGUGCGCCUAGUUGAUGGUCCCAACCGCUGCUCUGGCAGGGUGGAGGUCUACCAGGAUGGGAGUUGGGGGACAGUCUGUGAUGAUAACUGGGCUUUGCUAGAUGCCCAAGUUGUAUGUAGGGAGCUGAGCUGUGGACCAGCCACAGAGGCUCCUCACCAGGCUCACUUUGGUGAGGGGAGUGGCUCAAUCCUAUUGGAUGAUGUGGCGUGCAUGGGAAGUGAGGGAUCUUUACUGGAAUGCAGCUCAGGAGGGAUAGGAAACCAUGACUGUGGCCAUGAUGAAGAUGCCAGUGUAACUUGCAUGAUGGAUGGUAUUUCCAGAGUGCGUCUGGUCAACGGUCCCAACAACUGCUCUGGUAGAGUGGAGGUGUUCGACUCUGGCCAGUGGGGUACAGUGUGUGAUGAUGACUGGGAUCAGAGGGAUGCUCAGGUGAUGUGCAGAGAGUUGGGCUGUGGAGAAGCACUUGAGGCCUUUGGAUCUGCCAGGUUUGGAAAGGGCAGUGGCUCCAUCUCUCUGGAUGACUUGGCCUGUUCUGGCUCUGAAGACACUUUGCUGCAGUGUCCCCACAGUGGCCUGGGUAACCAUGACUGUGGCCACCAUGAAGAUGCAGGAGUCACCUGCACUGGUCCUACAGAGAACAACAGCAUUUUCAGAGUGCGUCUUGUCAAUGGUCCAAACAACUGCUCUGGUAGAGUAGAGGUGUUUCACUCUGGCCAGUGGGGUACAGUGUGUGAUGAUGACUGGGACCUGCUGGAUGCCAAGGUAGUGUGUAGAGCACUGGGCUGUGGGGUGGCACUGGAGGCCCCGGACCAGGCUCACUUUGGCCAAGGCAGGGGGGAGAUCUGGCUAAAGGAUGUGCAAUGUUCUGGGAAUGAAGGGUCACUGCUUGGCUGCAGCUCAGAUGGACUGAGGUCACACAACUGUGGACAUUCUGAGGAUGCAGCAGUGAUAUGUCAGGGGCAGUCAGCUGACUUGACAGUGCGCCUAGUUGAUGGUCCCAACCGCUGCUCUGGCAGGGUGGAGGUCUACCAGGAUGGGAGUUGGGGGACAGUCUGUGAUGAUAACUGGGCUUUGCUAGAUGCCCAAGUUGUAUGUAGGGAGCUGAGCUGUGGACCAGCCACAGAGGCUCCUCACCAGGCUCACUUUGGUGAGGGGAGUGGCUCAAUCCUAUUGGAUGAUGUGGCGUGCAUGGGAAGUGAGGGAUCUUUACUGGAAUGCAGCUCAGGAGGGAUAGGAAACCAUGACUGUGGCCAUGAUGAAGAUGCUAGUGUAACUUGCAUGAUGGAUGGUAUUUCCAGAGUGCGUCUGGUCAACGGUCCCAACAACUGCUCUGGUAGAGUGGAGGUGUUCGACUCUGGCCAGUGGGGUACAGUAUGUGAUGAUGACUGGGAUCAGAGGGAUGCUCAGGUGAUGUGCAGAGAGUUGGGCUGUGGAGAAGCACUUGAGGCCUUUGGAUCUGCCAGGUUUGGAAAGGGCAGUGGCUCCAUCUCUCUGGAUGACUUGGCCUGUUCUGGCUCUGAAGACACUUUGCUGCAGUGUCCCCACAGUGGCCUGGGUAACCAUGACUGUGGCCACCAUGAAGAUGCAGGAGUCACAUGCGCUGGUUCUGCUUCCGGGGCCUUCUGA